AUGAGGGACAGUCCAGUCGAAGAGGUGGUGAUGGUGCCAGCCUGUCCCCAGGAGCCUCAGCUGGGUGGAGGUGGUGGCGAGGAGCACUCCAAGGAGAGCUGGUGGGACAGAAGGGUCAGGAAGCUCAACAAGCAAGGGAAGCCGUAUGUCUUUGAUAGAGUGUUACCUCCUAAUACAACCCAGGAACAAGUUUAUAAUGCCUGUGCCAAGCAGAUUGUCAAAGAUGUUCUUGAAGGCUACAAUGGCACAAUCUUUGCUUAUGGACAGACAUCAUCAGGAAAAACGCAUACUAUGGAGGGGAAGCUGCAUGACCCUCAGCUCAUGGGAAUCAUCCCAAGAAUUGCACAUGACAUCUUUGAUCACAUCUAUUCCAUGGAUGAAAACCUGGAGUUUCAUAUAAAGGUUUCCUACUUUGAGAUAUAUUUGGACAAAAUAAGGGACCUACUUGAUGUGUCAAAGACAAACCUCGCUGUACAUGAAGAUAAAAACAGAGUCCCAUAUGUUAAGGGUUGUACAGAAAGAUUUGUAUCUAGUCCUGAAGAAGUUUUGGAUGUCAUUGACGAGGGGAAAGCUAACCGUCAUGUAGCUGUUACAAGUAGGUAUUCUGCGGGGGCUUUUCUGGCUAUGAAGU